AGUGCUAGCUAGAGCCUCACAUCAGUGCUGGCUAGCUACAUAUCAGUGCUAGCUAGCUUCACAUGCAGUGUGGUAGCUACCUACACAUCAGUGCUAGCUAGCUAUAGAUAGAUAUAUGUGCAUAUUUUACAUGAUGGCUAGCCUCACAAAUAUCGAGGGAUUACCCUGUCUAUUAUUUCCAGGAGGGGCCAUGGCUUAGAUGGAGAGUCCUAGAGUAUUUAAUGCUCGUUUUGAGCUACGCAGACCCAAUUAGGACCCGCUCUCUACUAGACAACUCCCGGCAACAUCCAACGGCCCACACAGUGUGCCAUCUCCCCAAUUUCCCUCACAUGGCUUGGGUUAAUCCGGGGCAACCUGCCCGGGGCUAUGGUAACAUUCACUUGUCCAUGUUGAAUCGCCGUCAAGAGGAAUCGAACCCCGGUCUCCCGCACAGAGUACGAGAGCUAUAACCACUGAUCUACGGCACCAUUAACCACUAAUCUACGGCACCAUUAACUACUAAUCUACGGCGCCAUACAUCAAUGGAUGCUAGCUACCUGGCUACACACGUCAGUGUUGGCUAGCUACCUCUAGUUUUAGCCAGUUGAGAAAGGUGCACAAUGUGCAGUAUUAAUUGCUAUGGUUGUGAAGCAACAACAAAGAUAAAAACAUGCUACUCAUAGAAGUAUAUUUCUCUUGUUUCAUGUUAACUACACUUGAGUUUGGGGAAAGGGGGUAGGAUGUUCGGUUUGGUGUACCAAACAGUAUCGAGGAGCCUUAAACCAGAUGCGUGUGUUUCCAACCUUACCACCAUUAAAUUUAAGCAUAUCACCAAUGAUACAGUAAUGUUGCUGAUUCUUUGGAACUUUUUGUUUAAUCACAUGAUACUGAUGUAAACAAAGUCUGUCGCACCUUAGCUUCUUGUUUACUCAAAAUAAGAAUUCUCGGCAUGCUUCCACAGCAUCCAUUAUCCAUUUACUGUUCUUAUUGUGCUUCUUAGAGGUAGCGUGCACACUCAUGGCGUAAACCUCCACAUUUUUUUUUCAACAUGCUUUAGACAUUUUUUCAUAGCAAUUUGAAAAAAUUUUUUUGUUCACUAAUCAGGUCAUUUCACUGGAUCAUUGUGCAUAAAGCUGAAAUUGUUUAUGUUUUAACAUAUUAAAAAAGUUUGUUCGGUCAAAACUAAACAAACUUUAUUAAUAAAGAAGAAGUUUUUUAAAAGCUAUUCGCAGAUUCUCUUUGUUAACUCAUUGUACCUCCAAACUUGUUUCUCAUUUGUUGAAACGAAUGCUCAUGUUGAUCUCACAUGUUUUUUGUCACGUUUGUCACAUUCUAUUUAAACAGUAUUUUUAGGUGUGACUAAUCUCUCAGGGGCAUAUUAUCUAGUGAUUGUGUUGUAAUGUUGUUAUGAAAUCAAUCAAAGUUUUUGCACAGUUGUAAUUUUUUAUGCAAACAACACUAAUCAAGUUAAAACUGCAAUAUAAUGAAAUGUUCUGUAUUUUUAUAUUUAGUAACAAUGAUAGCAAUAAAAGUCUGUGCCGGUUGGAAUUCUGGGUGAAAUCAGUAUGGAUAUUUUCUUUAAAAUAGAACUUGCUGGAUAACAUCGCAUGAUCUGUAAGAUUGAAAUCUAAUAGCAAAAACCAACCAUUGUACAAUGUUUAAACUAACUUUCAUGCGUGAUAAAAUUGUUUAGAAGAUUAUCAGAGCUAAUUGGAACCGUGACCUGUAAUAGAUAUUAAAACAGAGCAUACACAAUGGGAAGAAAUUAUUAUUGAAGACUUUUUUAUUUUGUAUUUGGUGGAUUAUGGUUUUACAUUUUAUUUAUGCGGAAUUCUUUUUAUUGUAAUAUGUUUCCUCAAAUAACUAUUUUUUAGCCAUAUAUAUGUUAGUUAUUACAGUUACACGGUUAUGUACUUUACACCAUCAUAUUUUAACUGUUUCUAUUAUCUAAAAGACAACGUUUUGUAAAUUGUUUUUCUGUUAAACCACGAAAAACAGUAUUUUGAUAAAAACUUAUUGCUUGUUUUUUUUUAAAUUAUUGUAAUGUCUGGUUGCACCAAACGUUCCUUUCUCAAGUCUGAUUAUUUUUGAUUUUAUAAGAUUUUAGCAGUUACCUAAAAUGCCAUUUAGCCAAAAAGGUGUUGCAGCAAAAAAGAGGUGUCAGGAAUGUGGAGAGGAGAAUGCUCCUGCUAAGAAAAAGUGUCAUAAAUGUCAACACAUUUUUACUGUGAAGGGUGAUAAACCCAGUGGCAAUAAAUCCUGCAACCUUUUUCGUGCCAAAAAGAAAAUAAAAUCUGUCUCAGCUGACAUGGCUCGUAUUCUAAACUACGACGUUCUUAACAUUUUUGCAUCAAAGAAAAAUGGACGUACGUAUGUCGACGUGCAGCCAUGCGCAAAAUUUAAGGCAAUAUUGUUAGACCCAAACACAAACAAGGUGAACACUCAUGGGAAAGCCUUGCUAGAUUUCUUAAAAGGAAUUUAUUCCCAGCAUGUGACAGCUACAACAUCCGCACCAAAGUCAGCCAAAAAUUUGGUUAGUCAGGAAGAAGAGACUGACGAAGAAGACCUAACAAAUGAGACGCCUGAUUUUCAGGAAACGAUGGACCGGAAUAGCGACGACGACAGUGAUAAUGAUGACAGGGAUGGUGUUGGAAAUGCAUUUAACCUUUUUCAACCAAUCAGCGUGAAUUAGGAUUAUUUAGAUUUGAUAUCACUUUUAUAUUUUGUAUCAGAUUGGAAGAUUUUUAACUUUUUUAGCUUUUUAGCUUAGCUUUUUUAGUCAUUGUCAACAAGAAUGCUGACUUUUAACUGUGUUGGGCAAUAGAUUUUUAUGUAAAAUUAUUAUCUAGCAGGAUUAUUUAUAACAUAUCUUUUAUUUGCCAUAUAUAACGUUUUUAUGUGUAUAUAUGUAUAUUUAUUUUAUACAUACAUGCGCUCGCUCAUUAUCGCUGUACAUUGUUGGAAUGUAUAUUUAUAUAUUUUUGUUUAUGUAUCUAUGUUGAAGAUGAUAUUAUUUUACCUGUAAAUAACUAAAGUAUAGAAAGAUAUUUAUACAAUCAAAAUUA